UGUUUGAAGUGCCUGUCUAUAACGUGAUAUAUAAUAUUAUUAAUAUAACAUGAUGUUAAGUAUUAUUAGGAUUGUAAUAUUGUUACUUUUGACGGUGUGGUGCAACAAAUGUUUGUGCGACAUAUGUAAAACAUGCGAAUGUGUCACCACAGAUUCAGGCUUAAUCGCAUAUUGCCGCGGAAAAUUCAGAAAAGAUGACGAAACCUUAAAUUACGGAUUUCUCACUCUGGACAAACAUCAAGUCCUCCAUAAACUCGUUCAUACCGGAAACUCUGGCACGGUGUUGUUAACCAGUCAAAUAUUAAACAAAAUAAAAAACCUGAAGCAAAUGGAUUUGUCCGGAAAUCUGCUGGUGAACGUGCACGAGGACGUCUUCAAAGUUCUGAGCAGUCUCGAAGAUCUGAGUUAUUCUAACAAUUGCCUGUCAAGCUUCGACAUUGCUAUUCUGAACGCGAAUUCUCCCCUCCUGAAGCUUAAUUUGAGUCACAAUGAGAUUAAUAAUCUAGAAAGAAGUUCGCAGAGCGUGGUCACGGGUCUGAAGAUGCUCGACCUGUCUCACAACAAUCUAACAGACAUCUACCAGGAUUUUCUAGUCGCUCUGCCGCAACUCGAGUAUUUGGAUCUCUCCUUCAACAAAUUCAGCAGUCUGGAAGCGAACUCUCUGACGUAUCUGCAGUACUUGAAGAUCCUCCGCAUCAACGACAAUCGUUUUCUGUCUUUGGACUUUCAGAAUCUUCCCUUAAGGCUAGAUGAACUUCAUGCGGGAGGCAAUCUCAUCAGUGUCUUAUUACCCAAGAAAAUGUCUAUCCAAGUUUUAAAUAUUGAGAACAAUCAAAUCUCGGACUUGAAGGAUUAUCUGACAUUGCUGAAGGAAUUGAGAUAUCUGAAUGUCAGUGGGAAUUCCUUGUCAGGCUUCCCAACGAUGACGCUGAAGCAUCUGAAGUCGAUAGAUUGUUCGUUCAAUAACUUGACGACUAUUCCGGACUCGAUUUCCACAAAGAACUUCCCGCUGUUGAGAACACUCAACUUUAGUGGAAAUCGUUUGCAGGAUUUAAGUCUGCAGUCUGAAUUAAAAUUAGAUGUGUUCGAAGCGUAUCACUUGGACAUGAUCGAAGAGAUACACAAAGAUACGUUCUGGAAAUUGACAGAGAGAGCGAACGGAUGUAUAAAUGUAACUAUUUCCAAUAGCAAGAAGCUGAGUGUGAUAGCGGAGGAUGUUUUUCGACACAUGAAUGUGUGUUCCCUAGAUUUGAGUAACAAUCACUUCACUCAAUUUCCACUAAAACUGAUAGAUGACAGUAAAAGUAAGAACGCACAUUAUCUCAUUAACCUGCAAGGAAAUCCAUUCGUUUGCAACUGCUCGUUGCAGUGGAUGCUGGACGAUUUGGUCCCUUACCUCUACAAGAUGGAACCCAGUCUCUUGGAGGAGUUGAGGUGCGCCAGACCAGCUUCCCUCACUAACAUAAGACUAGUUCAUUGGUACCAGUGGCGAAACAAAGUUUUCUGCGACGAUCUUUCCGAGAAAUUGGUAUUCAAAUUUCAGAAGGUAACCAGUCAGCAGGCGGCGACGUUCAGCUUUAGUAAGGGAAUGCUUGUUGCCUUAAGCAUCACGGUGACGAUACUCGCAAUUUUAAUAAUAAUCGCCGUCAUUCUAACUCGGAAAAUGAUAAUAAAGAAAAGGCGGAUCAAUAGGAGAUUUUAGAAAUAUUAGAAAUUUUUCAAAGACGUAUUUCGUCUUAAAAAAGUGGAAAUAUAGAGACGAAGAGAAGAAGAAAUAUGUGAAAAGAAGAAAAAUAUAAAUAGAUAAAUAAAUAUAGAAGUAGAUAAGAAGAUUAAAAAUUUUGAUUAAUAAAAAAAGAAUUACUUUCUAUUAAAUUUCUUUUUCAAUUAUUUUCCUUUAAGCGUAUAUUUUUAUAUAAAAACGUAUUUAUAACAUAUUUCUUUUACAUUUAUAUUAGAAAUAUCUUAAUACCAAAAGGAUAUUAAGAGAUUUUUAUUGGGAAAAAAAUAGAAAAGAUAUUUAUUACCUUUUUUUCCCUUAAUUCAACACACUGGAUCUUACACGAAAGCUUAUUCGACAGCUAAUUUGUUAAUUUAAUUAACAAACUUCUUAUUUUAAAGAAAAGACUAGGAGGAAAUUAAAUUAUUUCUUUGAUAUUAUCAUUGAAUACUUUUAUUUUUAAGUCCUUCCUGUUAAUUUUCGAAUUAUAUCCCUUUCCUAUAAAAUCAAUCCUUCGCUAGAUAUUGAAUUUAUCGCUAGAUAUCGUCUAUGUGCCAAUGACUAGACGCCACUCUCGGAGGCGGAUUUUCCCUGAGCUCGGUCAAAAAAGCACAAAUGUGCUGGUAGUAUCCGGGCUGACACCACGUUUCAUUAUGUGUGCCACCGGCGACGGGAAAUAGUUGCUUGUGACCGCUCCGGCAAGUUUUAUAGAGGUCUUGCAUCAUACGCGGUGGCACUAGAGUAUCCGCCAAACCGGAAAUGAAGAGUGUCGGCACAAUAACGGAGCGCACUUUGAGGAUAGACAGAUACUGUGAUGAAAUAAGAAAAUAUAUUGGCAUUAGACACAGUAUGUCCUAGAAAUGUUAUGUAUUUAUUAUUUAAAGAAUUUAUACAAUUUUCUCUUGACAGAGGGAGAAAACUUGAGGAGAGAAAAAAUAUUAUUUUGUUCGAAUGCUAUAGAAUUUUGCUAUUCCUUACCUUGUUUUUAUAUAUAAAGAGCGGUAGAUAUUGCAAAAACUUGGAGCCGACAAAGAGUGCGGCCAUGUCUGGUAUACUGGUAAAGGUGUUUUCUAGGAUAAGGCACCAAAUUCGCCGCGAAUUUUCCUCCUUCGUGGCUAAAUCGAUCGCUACCGCACCACCUAUUAAAACCAUAAAACAGAAAACAACGUAAAAAUGUUUCUACAUUGUAUCUCAAAUAAAGAGAAUUUUGUAUCCAUAA